GUUGAUCAUAGCACACUCUUAAAACAGUACUCCGUCGCCAGCCAGCCAGCCAGCCAGCCACACACACAGCAGCCGGAUUGUCACUUUGACUUCAAAGCCCACGCCGCCUGCUGCACACACGCCCCUGUAUAUGCUCGCUCAUGCUCACCGCACAUCCAUCGUGAUCGCUUCAGAUCACGUCCUCGUCCCCAGAUCUCAACCUUACUUCCUUUUCUCGUGUAUUUGUAGUACUCAUCUCACAGUAAUGACUUAUGGAGCUGUCAAGGCUCGAUCAAGAACGCCAUGCUCUGGAGCUCAGCCUAUCGAGAUUGAAGGCCGACCUGCGACACUGGCAGACUUGGGAAGCAGAAUAUGAAGGACUGAAAGAGGAAAUCGACGCCCAUGUGGGACCGGUCGACGUCCCUACCCUGACACUCAUCAGUCAGACAUACAAAGGCGACCUGGUCGACGAAAAGGAAAUCCGGGAUCUAUCCGGCCUUAGCCAAGGCAAGUCAUAUACUGCCUCGCAGAUCUCAGGCUUUAUCUCAAGACGGCAAGAAUAUGUCCAGAAGAAUAUCGAGACAAUUCAGCGACAGUUUUGGGAUGCCGAGGCCAAAUUGGAAGAGUUCGACUUUGUUGCCUUCUCAGCGAAUCGUGAGGAUGCCGAUGUCUUGCUUCUCACUGAGAUCAGCGAGGAGCUCGAUGACAACGACAACGUUGUCGCGAGUACCGUGACUCACCCGGAAAAGUCCAGUAGCCAGCUCUUUGAUUCUCUCAAGAAAGCAGGCUUAUCGACGCAAGACCUGUCACCGAGUGGUGGUGACUCGAAAGCCAAAUCACCCGAACAAAAGCCCAUCAAAUCAGCUCUGAGCACACCGCCUAUUUCGACCUCGCCUGUGAGAGGCAGACAGCCAUCAGUUGACGAUGAUGCCAAAGCAGACACAAGCGGCGACGAGCAACAGAAUUUCGACCGGCCGUCUGUCCGAAAGAAGUCCGUAUCCUUCACAGCCGACACGAAGAGACCCUCGGAACCCCUCCGCGCAGAUUCUGAGGACGGCAAGAAGUCCGUGUCUUUCGCGGAAAAGGUUGCCAUCGCACCUGCCGCAGCGCCUCCGGACAAUAGAUCGGUAUCCUUUGCCGAGAAACCAAUUGAAAUCCCCGCCGUCACGCCCCCAGCUGCGGUUCCAGAGGCAAAUUCAGAAAGCGAGAUACAAAAGAACCUACGGGCCAGCUUCAAGCCAGGCGAAAAAGUUUAUGAGCUCAACGAUGAUGAUGAACUAGUUGCAACUCACUUUGUACUACCCGAAGGCGAGACGGCAGAAGAAGCACAAACCCGCCGCGAGAUGAUCGAUUACAACUUGAACGAAGUCGGACACAUUGUCGCACAGCUCGAUCUAGAAGACGAUGACGUCGACGCAGACGACAGCGCUUCGGCCUCGGACUUCACCUCUUCGGAGCACCCUGAUGAGGAUACACCUUACACAAGCGGACAUUCUGACGUUGACUCGGAUGAAGAAGAGGACGAUUUCGGUCGAUCAAGAAUUGCGAUCAGCAAAGAAUACCACAACAAAAUGCAGGAAUUAUCAGCCAGGCUCAUCGGCAACCUUGGUCCAACACCUGCUCUCAUUGAGAAAUCUGCCGAUAUUGAUCCCGGUGAUGCGCGCAGGUUGGUCAUCCGAGAUACGGCGUCCUCGAAUGACAACCAGGAUCCCAAGACGGCGAGACGAGAGAGUGCAUCGAAGCACGUCAAGUUUGCAGAGGCUCUGGAUGUCGCACCUAGCGAUAAACCCCCCACGAAAGCAACCCUGCAGAAUGAGAACACCGACUCGAAGAUCGUUGGCGAACCUGUGGAGCGAAAGACUGCCCUGUCACAUUCCAUUCCACGCGAGAUCCCUCGGCCGUCUGUAGGUGUCAAAUUCACGAGGCAGGCUUAUGACUCAGAAACAAGUCAAGAUGAGGAAGAGGCGCCAUCCGGACCUCCAGGCCAGACCAUCGCCGAGAAGUUGACCGAACGACCGGCAACUAAGAAGAAAAUUGCUGCUCCAUCUGCAGACGGAAGCGAUCCCGUCAUGCAACGCCGCGAACUCGCCGAGGCGUACUAUUCCCGCCGCAACAAUAUCAUCCGUCAGCAAGGAGGAUUCAAAGCCGACCCCGACGAAGACGAUGAGCUAGGCGAGCUGAUGGAGGAGAGGGAUGGCAGAGUGAAGAAAGUUAGCAGGUUCAAGGCCGCGAGAAUCCGAUCAUGAUGAUCAUUGAGGCGGUGUUCAGACUAUAUGAUGUACAAAUUGCAUCUUGGAGAGAGGACCGGAGAGCAGCACGGGCAGAAGACUGUGUGAAAGCUAUGAAGGCAUGCCAGAUUGAGUCCGAAAGCUGCCACUGCUAAGGCGGGAACGAUGCUCAUUGUAUUGAAAGGUCAUUGCACUUAGUAAAAUAAAAUUAUGAAUUACCCAGACCAUUCCUGAAAGGUUCUCCCUCCUCAAGCCUGUUAUCCUUUGAUGUCUCGCCUGAGCAGACCGCUUGACCUUCCCGAGUUUA